AUGGCCGCCUCCAACUCGAGCAUCGGGCUCAAAACUCGUCUUCUCAUCUUGUCAGACACACAUUCUGCGCUGCCUCGUCAUUCCGAUAGUGCCUUCGACAGCGCAGUCCCCUUCCAGACGCCACUCCCCGCUGCGGAUGUGUUGAUCCACUGUGGCGAUCUCACUAGCAAUGGGAGACUUGACCAACACCACAAGGCACUUGAACUGAUCAAUUCCGUCGAUUCAGAAUUGAAGAUCGUCAUCCCUGGAAAUCAUGACCUCACGUUGGACAGAAGUUACUACGACCGCUACCCGAAUGCACAUUGCCAUUGGCAGAAGUACUCAGAUGAUGUACUCCGAGAGAUCAAGGAGCUUUACACCGGUGCGAAGGCCCGACAGAGUGGAAUCCGGUAUCUUGAGGAAGGCAUGGCGUCUUUCAAGCUUAAGAGCGGUGCAAGCCUCAACGUCUACGCGAGCGCCUGGCAGCCGGAGUUCUGCAAUUGGGCAUUUGGCUAUUCUAGGGAAGAGGACCGAUUUAACCCUCUUCCAGAUGGUUGUGGACCAGAGAGUCCGGUGCCUGAUUCCGAUAUUGCUGGUGGGAGAGGAGGAGUCGAUAUCAUGGUCACACAUGGCCCACCGAAGGGAUUCCUGGAUCGGACUGUCGGAGGUGACUACGUGGGUUGUGAUCAUCUGCGCAGGGCGGUGAGGCGAUGUCGGCCCUUGAUCCAUUGCUUCGGUCACAUUCACGAAGGAUGGGGUGCGAUGAGCAAGGAUUGGGACCUGGAUGAUGCUGAGGGAGGCGCUUCGUCCACGACCACGGCAAACUCAACGCCUAGCACCUUUGAGCCACCGAUCAAGCAAAGAAGUGUUUACGUUGAUGCGACUGGCCUUGAACCCGGCAAGGAGACUCUGUUUAUCAAUGCUAGUAUCAUGACUGUCAGGUACCGUCCGCUAAAUGCGCCUUGGCUAGUAGAUAUCGAGCUACCAAUGGGCUGA